AUGUUCACUCAACUAGGACUAUUACUGUUGGGAGCUUCGGCCAGCUACUUUGACAUCCAACUAACUGGCAACGUUCGGAAAUGUUACACCGAAGACCUGAGUCUUAACACUCUGAUCGUUGCCGAAGUGGAGCCUCGAGAUAAUGUGAUGCUCAGUGUGGAGAUAUCGAUGAGAUCGCCGCACGAGGUGUAUUUCCAGGAGGUGAACCAAAAAGCGAUGAAGACCGCUUUCACCAUGCAGCAGACCGGUACCGUCGACGUAUGCGUACAAAGUGCUGAUACCAAAAAAGGCGUGUCGUACGCCGGUCUCAGAGUACUCACUGGGACCCUGGCCAAAGACUUCAGCAACGUGGCGAAAAAGGAACAUCUAGACCCCGUAAUUAACGAACUGAAGAGUAUAGAAGGGAUGAUGACUGACUAUAAUAGUCGUCAGCGACGGUUGGUGGGUACUGAGGCUGCCACACGUAAGUUGGUGGAUUUGGCUCAUAGUCGUGUUGUCAAUCUCGCUAUUGCGAAUAUUGGCGUUGUGGUCGCUUGUAACGUAGUAAUGGCGCUUAUCCUGAAGGCUUUCUUCAAGAGCAAAAAAAUCAUUUAG